CAAUUUGGUGAUCCUGUAUUCAUCAGAGCAGCAGCCUUCCAAUCACUGCCUGUGAGCUGGUUUUUAGAGAAGAGAAUGAUGCUUUCGUUUCAAGGCUUGGUGCAGAAUGUUCAGAUUUUAAUGCAUAUUAUCUGACAGCAGUCCCAGGCUCUGAAAGGCUUGUGAGUCCUUCCAGGUUUGGCUGGUUUCUUUGGGUCACAUACACAACAGGGAAUGGUUACUUGUUUCUUCUUCCUCUCCAUCUGUCUUCCCUUUGGAUGUAUAGGUCAUUCCUCUCACCUUUCUUCCAAGUCUGUAGUAGAAAACCUGGAGGGAAAUGGCUUCUGUUCCCAAGCCUAUGCAUCACGGUAUGAGGCUCUUUGAGCUGUUGGAAGAGCAACAAGAGCCUUUUCUGCUGGAUGUGUACCUUUUGGAGCAUGGAUACUCGGAUAGAGCAGUGAAGACCGAUGCUGCUGCGUUCAUGUGCUGGCCUGCUGGUGCUUGUAGGAGGCUAAGAAGGCUUAGCACCCAUGGGUUCAAGAGGAAGAGAGCUGGGUUUCUCAGGUGUCUGCUUAACAAAGUUGUCUGCAGCAGAAAAGCUUGGAGAUGGGAUGCUGCAGCUACCGGCAAUGGAAGAUGGAGACUCUUUGGAUCGUUCUUUGAGAUGAAAGGCAAAGACGACGCAGCGGACUUCCGCCGGUUAUCGUGUUCCGGUGGCACCGACGGAGCUGAACCGGACAGGGAGGAACAGUGGAGAGCUUUCUGCUCCUCCAAUCAGCUUAGUCCUGUGUCAGUCCUGGAGCUGCAUUCUGACGAAGUUGGGGAUGAGGACCCAUCGAUCUCAAGCUUUAGUUCUUCGAAGGAGACAAAGGAAGCUCCAUGGAUGGGCUUCGAAGAGCAGCUCCACUCUAAUCGCCAUGACCCUCGACAGGCCAACUACUCAGAAUGCCACUUCUUUGAACCACACUAUUUUCUAGUAGACUGCCGCAAAGAGGCACAAGGAAAGCUUUCGACUUCUCGUGGAUGCUCAAGUCCGGAGAUCAUUCAGGAGGAGAUCUCGUCAUGGGAGGAUCAGAGAGGUGGUUCGGGCAACAUAUCCCGGUUGAUUGAUUUCGACUUCUCCAAGUCCAGGGAGGAGUGGAGCCAUUUCCAGCAUGAGAUAGGAGAGGUUGGGAUCGAGAUGGAACACAUCAUCUUUGACGAGAUCAGAGAAGAAACUGUACUUGAUGUUCUACAUUGUCACUGUGCACUGGCAAGGUGUUGAUUCUAAUGAAUAGCAUCUAAGAAUUUUACUUGCUUACAUUAAACCUCUAAGCAUGAUGCCACAGGCAGAGACAAAAAUCCUUGCUUGACUCCAGGUGUUGAUUCUAU